AUGGCCAGCAAGCUCUGCAGAAGCAGGGCUUUGGCCUCGGCUUUCCGACCAACAACCUCCUCCAUUGCGGCGCCCAUGGUGCGGUGUUUUGCCAACACUGCCCGUAGCAAUGUCGCCGUUCCCAAGGACGCCCCGAACCCCCGUGAGCUUCCCCGCGACCAGAUCGGUACCCUCAAGGCCGCCCCCGUGAACCCUGCCGACAAGUACCAGGCCAAGGCGGAUGCUAUGCACAAGUAUGGCGCCUGGCUUAUGGGCUGUCUUCCCAAAUACAUCCAGCAGUUCUCUGUGUGGAAGGACGAAUUGACCAUCUAUAUCUGCCCCUCUGGCGUCAUCCCUGUCUUCUCUUUCCUCAAGUACAACACCUCUGCCGAGUUUACCAUGGUCAGCGACAUCACCGCCGUCGACUUCCCCACCCGUGACCAGCGCUUCGAGAUCGUCUACAACCUCCUCAGCAUCCGCCACAACUCCCGCAUCCGUGUCAAGACCUACGCCGACGAGGCCUCUCCCGUUCCCAGUCUUACCCCCCUCUAUGAUGGCGCCAACUGGUAUGAGCGCGAGGUGUACGACAUGUUUGGUGUGUUCUUCGUCAACCACCCCGAUCUCCGCCGCAUCAUGACAGAUUAUGGCUUCGAGGGUCACCCCCUGCGCAAGGACUUUCCCCUUACCGGCUACACUGAGAUUAGGUAUGACGAGGAGAAGAAGCGCAUUGUCACAGAGCCCUUGGAGCUCACGCAGGCGUUCCGCAACUUUGAGGGAGGCUCCAGUGCCUGGGAGCAGGUUGGAUCUGGCGUGGAUGUUACGCCCGAGACCUUCAAGCUGCCGACACCAAAGCCAGAGCCACCUAAAGAGGAGAAGAAAUAG